UGAAUCACAUGAUCUUAUAAAUAGAUCUAUAAAGGACCAUACAGAAGUAAUGGCCCAAAAUCCUAACAAAAGAGUCGUAGGAUUCGAUUGUGAGUUCCUGGAACCUCCACCAGAGCACCUCCUCCAGUCAGAGUGUCCAGUUUGUCUCCAGAUCAUUCGAGAGCCCCACCAGGUCACAUGCUGUGGUAAUAGCUUCUGUUACUCUUGUAUUCAGCGAGUUAAAGAUUACAACAAGCCUUGCCCGACUUGCAACAAAGAAAGAUUGUCUGACUUCCCCGACAAGAGACUGAAACGAUCACUGUAUGCUUUGAAAGUUCGAUGUAGCCACCAGAAAGACGGGUGUGAGUGGACAGGGGAACUGGGGCAGCUUGACGAGCAUCUUAACACAGAUCCACUGCCAGAGAAACAACUCAAUGGAUGUUCAUUUGUUGAGAUCAAUUGCCUGUAUAAGUGCGGGGACGAAUUGCAGCGAAGAGACAUUCAAAACCACCAAACCGAUCGUUGUCCCAAACGUCCAUUCAAUUGUGAGCACUGCCAUAAUUACGAGUCUACCGUUGAUGAUGUCACCAACAACCACUGGCCUGUGUGUGGGUUCUUCCCUAUCCCCUGCCCUAACGAGUGUGGUUCAACUCUUCAACGUCAGAAUAAGGACAGCCAUGUUGCUGAUGAGUGCCCCCUGACCACCAUCAAUUGUGACUUCCACCACGUUGGCUGUGCUGUGAAACUUCCUCGACAAGAUAUGCCAGAACACCAGAGAGAGAACCUCCUCACACACAUCUCUCUAUUAGCCACCAGUCAUACCAAGCAACAAGACGACCUCGCAGAGCAGAAAGCUAUAAACAUCAAGCAACAAGCUCAAAUUAACAAGCAACACGAAGAGAUUCGAGCACUGAGAAUGCAAGUGGUUAGUCUACCAGUCCUCGCUAUGACCAAUUACCGACAGCACAAGACAAAUAAAGUCAGGUGGUAUUCCCUUCCCGUCUACACACACCAUCAGGGAUACAAGAUCUGUCUAGGAGUUAAUAUUGUUGAAGGGUUUGUAAGUACACAAGUGUACAUCAAGGUGCAUGUGUUCUUCAUGAGGGGAGAGUUUGAUGAUUCACUAAAAUGGCCAUUUCAAGGGGAGAUCUCGAUACAAUUGCUCGACCAGGUCAACGGUGAGCAAAAUGCAAAAUUUGAAAUGAACUACGAUAGAUCGACAAUAAUAAAAGCGUGCAGCAGAGUGACAAAGGGAGAGAGGGCAACUGAUGGACAAGCAAUAAACAAAUGUUUCUUAUCGGAGACCAAGUACUUACAAAACGACACUCUUUUCUUUCAAAUAUGCAGCGUUAGACUACUAAACUCUAUACAUAGGUCGAUUAAACUACAUGUAUAGCAUAUUCCCUACAUCGCAAGUGUUACAUAAUUAACCUAUCAGAUUGCUAGAUUUUA